UUACAGCUCAGUGCACAUUUAGAUCCUCAGGACCCGGCACGAGCUCCUCUGCAGUAGCGCGCAUUUUUUUUACCCGCACAUUUUCUGUGUAACGGACACUGUCCGCAGACCACCGACAUGUUGGGGGUCGUUGUCAAACAGCUCAAGAGCCACCCAGCUCUCAUCCCUCUCUUCAUCUUCAUUGGUGGUGGGGCAACCAUGAGUGCGACAUACUUGUGUCGGUUGGCUCUGAAAAACCCUGAUGUGUCAUGGGAUCGCAAGAACAACCCAGAGCCCUGGAACAAAUUGGAACCCACUCAGCAGUACAAACUCUUCAAAAUUAACAUGGACUACUCCAAGCUGAAGAAGGAAGGGCCUGAUUUCUAAGUCGCCUUCUCUUCUAACCUCCGAGGAGCCUUUGCACUUUUUUUGCCAAAUAAAAAAGAAACCCAUCGACACUGAGUGAAGGUUGAAUCGGACUGCGAUUUCCAGUGUGAAGGGGAAAGGGAUCAUUCACUUAUCAAUGACUGUAUGAAUAAAACAGGCAACCACCUGUUUUACUAAUUAUUAAAUUUAUUUUUGUGUUAAUUAUUAAAACUAUAUCAAUCUCA